CAUAGUGAGCAUCAGCGGUCUAAAGUUCAGAUCUUCAACACAUGGCAGUUGAAAUUGUUUCCUUUCCUAGCAGUGAGCUAAGCCUUUCUGUCAAACAAAAUGAUGAACUGGAGGGAAAUGCAGAAAGACGAGCUGGAGAAGCAGUACUCGCCCAGCAGGUGGUCCCACAGGAUGGCGGCUGACGACGUGAUCAAAGCCCACGUUAAGGCUCUGAAGGAAGGUACACAGCGAGCCCGUAGCCUGGCUCAGACUUUGAUUGAUGUCCCGUACGGCGAGGGGGAUGGAGAGAAACUAGAUGUGUACAUCCCCAGGACCAGCUCUUUGGACGUCAACCUGGUUAUUUACAUCCAUGGAGGCUACUGGCAGUUCCUCAGCAAAGAGGAGUCUGGAUUCAUGGCCGUCCCACUCGUUGAUAAGGAUGUAGUUGUGGUUGCUGUUGGUUACGAUAUCGCCCCCAAAGGUAACAUGGAUCUGAUGGUAUCACAGGUUCGCCGUAGUGUUGUGUCCGUCAUUCAGCAGUACUCGCAUAUCAGUGGUCUGUACCUGUGUGGCCACUCUGCAGGGGCCCACCUUGCUGCCAUGGUGCUCUCCACCGACUGGUCCCAGUACAGCAGCACACCAAACAUUAAAGGUGCUUUUCUUGUGAGCGGCAUAUAUGACCUGCUGCCCAUCCUGUCAACAUACGUCAACGAGCCUCUAAAGAUGACAGAGGAGGUGGCGGUGCGAAACAGCCCAAGCAGGCUGGUUCCUCAGCUCAAACAGUCCUCCUCCAGCUGUCAGAUCGUUGUGGCUGUCGCUCAGAACGAUUCCCCGGAGUUUCGCAAGCAGUCAGAGGAAUACUACAAAACUCUGGAAGAAGCGGGACUGAAUGUCACAAUGGAGGAUGUAGCAAACACAGACCAUUUUAAUAUCAUAGAGCAGCUGGUAGAUGGAGACUAUCACCUAACAAAGCUUCUCCUGAAGAUGAUGGGGAAAAGCUGAAGAGUUAACCUGACCUCUGAUUCGUCUGAGAAAAUAUGCAUUGUUUCAGGUUUUCACUGUAGUAAAUGUUCUUCUUGUCCUUUGAAAUCAAUCCAGAUGACAUUAGUUAAUCUGAUGGCUUCAUUUAGAUUAUUUAUUGCAAAUAUUCUUCAUCAGCUGCUUUGAAAGAAGUCCUUAGCUUUGGAUGUUUAAAACACCAGUUGACUGUAGCCCAUUGUGUUAUUUUUAGGAGGCACGGCCAACACACAUUUUAUGUUUUUGAGAAGAUUGUUACUGAUGGCUUAUCUCCAAGCUGGUCUGACUGUUGGCGUUUUUGUUUUUGCUUUUUCCUUUUUUGUGUGACAAUCUUCAGUGUGUUAAGUUGGGUCUGAAGAGCAGAAACUUGUUUAAUCUGAGAGAAGUGUCACCAUAAUAUCUAUCUCUACACUGAGAUCUCACCCAGAGAAUCCCGAUGAUAGAUGAUGAGACAUACGGGUGUAUAUAUGAACUUAAUCCUGGUAAAGUGUAAGAAUUUUCAUUUCCAAAAAGUAAGCUUUGAAACUGAAAUGAAGUUAACCAGUAACAGUGAAACUUUAGUUUACACUACAUAUUCUGUUAUUGCAGACAAAUUUUCACAAUGUUUAUCA